CCGCCCCUUACCUUACUGUUUGUUUCUCUGCGAAACCUUUUGUACGCUUCGAACUGCUCCAGAAAGUCGAGAAAAUUCUGAUCCUUUUGCUUUUCUACGGCGCUUCGAAUUGUUUUUUUGGAUCGCUCCGACGCUGUAUUCUGGACAUGGAUUUAUUCCGGAGAGCUAUAGUACAUCCAGGACCACCGGCUGAAUUCGCUCUUCAAACAGUUCAAGAAGCCAUAAAACCUCAGAAGCAAACAAAGUUAGUUCAAGAUGAGAAUCAAUUGCUGGAAAACAUAUUGCGGGCACUACUGCAAGAACUAGUGGCAGAAGCUGUUAAGUCAGGAGAAAAAGUCAUGGAAUAUGGACAAUCAAUUGAUGUUGAAGAUAAUCAUGGACACAUUCCUCGUCUUCUUGAUAUUAUCCUUUAUCUUUGUGAGAAAGAGCACAUUGAAGGUGGCAUGAUUUUUCAACUGCUAGAAGAUUUGACUGAAAUGUCCACUAUGAGAAAUUGUGAAGAUAUCUUUGGUUACAUAGAGAGUAAACAAGAAAUACUUGGGAAGCCAGAAUUGUUUGCCCGAGGAAAGCUAGUGAUGUUGAGAACAUGCAACCAACUUCUACGCCGCCUUUCAAAGGCAAAUGAUGUAGUCUUCUGUGGACGAAUUAUCAUGUUUCUCGCACACUUUUUCCCGUUAUCGGAACGUUCUGCUGUUAACAUAAAAGGAGUAUUUAAUACAUCAAAUGAAACAAAGUACGAGACAGAAGCUUCUGAUGGUAUUUCUAUUGAUAUGGGCUUCUACAAAACUCUUUGGAGUUUACAGGAGUACUUCUCUAAUCCUGCUUCAGUGUCUAUUAAUCCUUCCAAAUGGCAGAAGUUUAUGUCCAGCUUAAUGAUUGUGUUGAGUACUUUUGAGGCACAACCUCUGACGGAUGAUGAAGGCAAUGCUGUCAACCUUGAGGACGAGGCUGCCACCUUUAGUAUAAAGUAUCUUACGAGCACUAAACUAAUGGGUCUAGAAUUGAAAGACCCAAAUUUUCGACGUCACAUUUUGGUUCAAAGUCUCAUCUUGUUUGAUUAUCUGAAGGCUCCUGGCAAAAAUGAUAAGGAUAUGCCCUCCGAAACUAUGAAAGAAGAGAUAAAAACUUGUGAAGAGAGGGUUAAGAGGCUUCUUAAAAUGACCCCUCCCAAAGGAAAAGAUUUUCUUGAAAGUAUUGAGCAUAUAUUAGAACGUGAAAGGAACUGGGUAUGGUGGAAACGUGAUGGCUGUCCUCCAUUUGAGAAGCAACCUUAUGAAACAAAACAAGUUCAAGAUGGCGUGAAGAAACGUCGUCCACGCUGGAGACUAGGAAACAAAGAACUUUCGCAGUUGUGGAAAUGGGCCGAUCAAAAUCCGAAUGCUUUAACUGAUCCACAGCGAGUGCGAACCCCUGACAUCAAUGAAUACUGGAAAUCCCUGGCUGAGGAUAUGGAUGAAUCCGCUGGAAUAGAAGCAGAAUAUCAUCACAAAAACAAUAAGGUCUACUGUUGGAAAGGUCUAAGAUUCUCGGCCCGACAGGACUUGGAGGGCUUUUCUAGGUUUACUGAACAUGGAAUUGAGGGUGUAGUUCCCUUGGAUCUUCUACCACCUGAUGUGAGAUCAAAAUAUCAUGCUAAAACCGUGGAUAGGUCCAAGCGUCUGAAGAAGGAAGAAACAAAAACCACCGGCCUACCCGAAGAAAAAACGGUGGCUAAAUUGUCUAGCGAGACUAUCGCCGUGGGGUCCAAAACCAAUCUUGAAGUGUCAACAGCAAUACCAAUAGAUGCAGAUGAUGCAUCAGCGGGGGCUGUUACCUUUCAAGGUGGUGCUACUCCUGAUGAAUCUCAGAAGCAAAACUCGGAUACAGAUGGCCAAGAAAUACAGAUGGGAGAUGCUGAUGCCGAGGCCGAGGCUGAGGCCGAUGCUGAGGCUGAGGCUGAGGCCGAGGCCGAGGCCGAGGCCGAAGUAGAUACAGGGAUGAUGGACGGGGAGACAGAAGACGUCGUUGAUUUAGAAGCUGGCAGCUGAUAGAGUUUCAUUUUGUUUUAUCAUUGUUUAUUUUUUUUACCUUUCUAAUUUUUUCAUAAAUUGGCUAAAUUUGAUUAUUGCAUCUACUGGUUGAUGUAAUUCCUAAAUCCGGUCUUCCUAUUAUUCUUAUAACAUGUAGAGCACUUUGCGAAAUUCGCCCCAUAAUUUCGUUUCUUUCUACUCUACACCAAUUACUAUUGUUUUUGUGGUUGCGUCAACCAAGAUUUCGGACUCAAGAUUUGAACAUAAAAUCAGCAUCUCUGUAUUGAAAAUUUUACGAUAGAGGAGAUGUAUGCACUUUUUUUAGUACGAGUAGGA